CAUAAGCUUAAUUAACAAAUAAAAAUGUUCCCUAAUAGCCUCCCAACUAUCCCUAAUCUUUUAGGUAUUAAUUGUCUCAAACUCAAGACACAAUCAUGCUUAACUUAACCCACUUGCCUAAUGAGCAUAAAUGAUUAUUUUGGCACAAAUUUUUGCUUCAAAGGUUCACGUCCAUGCUAGAAGAUGAAAGCCUCCAAAGAACACAAGCAGCAAGGGCUUCAACAGAGAGGAUGCAAGGCAUUGUGCUGCAGUUGCAGGCUUAGUGUCUCUUCUUCAGAAGAAGCAGAAAGCUCCAAUUCAGAUCGAUACGCAUCAAUAUCGAGUCUAGCACACGCCAUGGUUCAAGAGAGAUUAGACCAAAUGAUCAGAGAAAGGCAGGAGACAAGGCAUAAUGUCGAAAGAAGGCGGCAAAGAAGUAGUGAAGGGACUAAAUUCAUUGUUAUGGUAGCCAUGGAGAAGUGUUCUUACGAUCCAAGAGAAGAUUUUAGUAAGUCUAUGGUCGAGAUGAUUAAGGCGAACCGGAUUCAAGAGCCAAAGGACCUUCGCAACCUCUUGAAUUAUUAUGUAUCUAUGAAUUCAGAGGAGUAUCAUGGAAUUAUACUAGAAGUUUUCCAUGAAGUUUGCACUAAUUUGUUCUUAUGUUGUAAACGACAUUGAAAAGAAAAUGUGAUUCUUUUUUAUAUAUUUUUCCUGAGAGAAAUGGUCUAGUAGUCUUGAAUAAUUAUGAGCAAUGUAUAAUGGGCAUGGAUUAGUAUUUACUAAGCUGGGGUUUCCAGUAACUCUGGCUAAGUAAAUAAAUAAUUAUGAGCAGUGUAUAAUGCAGUGUAUAAUGAUGGAUAGCGCAGCAUGAAAACCUGUUGGUAUCUGAGCUCUUAUCUUUAAGGGAUAUAUGAGUUGAGAGAAACAUAUAAGUUUUAGAUAUGGAAGUUGACACAAAGUUUUGUCAUAUUGUUCCAUCAAAAUUUUAUGAUAGUAAAUA